UUGUCGGAGUCGUUAGUCGGUAGUUUGGUUUCCCCAAACAUUGACAGUCAUGGCUGCUUCCAUUGAGAGUUUACUGGAGGAAAUCUCCGGUGUCGAAGAUCCAAUUGAAGAGCUAAAGAGUUUAAAAACAGCUCUACUAUCGAUACCUCUCAGCGCGUUGAGAGACUCUGUGAGCGGACAGCGUUUUAAUGUGAUAUUCACUCUGUUAAACUCAAAUCAGAGGGAGCAAGUUGAGCUGUGUGUGGACAUCCUGAAAUGCAUCUUAAUGGCCCUCAGCCCUGUGUCCCUGGCCCAGAACUACAGAGUGGAGAUACAGGGGGGUCUGACCCAUCCUAAUGAAACUGUUAAAAUACUGGCCUUGACACAGAUUGGAAGAAUAGUGGAGCACCCUGACGCUGCAACUGAAAUCUUCAACAACCAUGACAUUCUUCGAGCGGUGAUCAACUGCAUCGGAGAAGAGAAAAUUGCUGUGGCAAAGCAGGCCAUCCAGUCCUUGUCGAAACUGAGUCACUCCAAGCCCGGGUUAGACACAUUGUUCCAGAGCGACCUGCUGAAAGUUAUGAAGGAUGUGAUGAACACAAGUGACAUUGUCAGAUACAGGAUAUAUGAGCUGGUGGUGGAAAUCUCUUCUGUAUCUCCCAUUUCCCUUGGAUACUGUGCCAAUAGCAGCUUAAUUUCUCAGCUGAUUGGAGAACUGACAGGAGACGAUGUGUUGAUCAGAGCCACAGCCAUUGAGAUGGUGACCUCUCUAGCCCACAGUCAGCAUGGCCGACAGUAUUUGGCCCAGCAGGGUAUAAUGGACAAGAUCUCCAACAUGAUCAGAGGAGCAGAGACUGACUCGCUCUCUUCUCUCUACCUUCCUGGUUUGGUGAAGUUCUUUGGAAACCUGGCCAUUAUGGACAGCCCACAGCAGGUUUGUGAAGCAUACCCGGUUUUCCAGAACAAAGUGUUUGAGAUGGCUCUGGACCCAGACCCUGUGAUGAUCGGCGUGGCUCUGGACACUUUGGGAUUACUUGGGUCUACUGUGGAAGGGAAGCAGGUCCUUCAGAAAACAGGUGAAAAGUUCAAAGCUGUGUUGUUGAGAAUGAGCCAGCUUGCCAGCUCAGGCGCUACAGAGCUCAGAGUGCGCAGCUUAGACGCCAUAUCACAACUUCUCACUCUACAGCCAGAGCAUCAGACAGAAGACCUCUUGGCCCUCACAGAGUCCUGGUUUCACCUUUUGUCUAAGCAGCCCAUGGACAUGAUUUGCAACAUUAGCACUCAGCCGUUCCCAGAGCUGCAUUGUGGGGCUCUGCGGAUAUUUACUGCCAUCGCUUCUCAGCCAUGGGGUCAGAAGUUAAUGAUCAGCACUCCCAGUUUCAUGGAGUUCAUUUUGGAUCGUUCAACGGGUCAGACAAAGGAGGCCAAAGACGCUAAGUUUGAACUGGUGGGGUCGAUUGUAUGCUCAUCGACAGCAGCAGAGAUUCUGGGCAGCCAGAAUUACAUCCGUCUGAAGACUUAUCUCAGAGAGGGACCGUACUAUGUUUCAGCUGUGGCCUCAGUCAGUACAGAAGGAGCAGAAUGAUGCAAACAAACAACAACAGUACACUUCAUGGGUUUCUGGUUAAUGCUUAAGUAAUGGGUAAGUGCCUGAGUAAUCAAACUCAUUGUUAACACAUUAUUCACUGCCUUCAUAAACAAUUCUUCUGAUAAAUACAUAAAUAGUUCUUACAAAUCAGGACAUGAUGUUAAAACUUAUUUAAUUUUCAAACAUGAGUUGACAAAAAUGCUUAUACACCUACAACAUAAAGCCUGAAAAGGAAGGUUUAAGUACUUUGAAAGUAUUUAAAAACAAAUAAUUUGUCUUAAUUACAUGCUUUGCCUGACACCUCAGCUGCUGUUAAUUUAGGCCGAUCUAAACACAUUAUAUUUAUCAGGCAUUUCUGAUAGGACUUUAAACUUUGUUCAAACUUUAGACUUUGUUUUUGUCAUAUUUAGUCACCACACCUGUGGAGUAAAUAUAAUAGAGUAUUAAGUAAAGUAUUGAAAUGUACGUUAUAUCAGUUUGGGCUUAGAGAUUGCACAUUUUUUUACAGAAAGCGUUACAACCUGGGGGCUUGGAGUUUGAAAGAUUUGGGCAAUUAGAAGACAGGGAGGUUCUAACGUAAGACGCUAUUGAGUUGCAUUAUGUAGGAGUGAGUGAUUUUGAAGCUUGACCCAUACUAGAUAUUUAAGGUUGGUAUAUCUUGGAAUCCGCUGCUUUGGUUUUCUCGUGUAAGUCACCCAGCGUUAUAGAAACACAAAAUCGCUGGAGUAUCCCAGUAACAGUUAAAUUUAUUGUGACAAGAUGAACUUCCAUGAAGGAUGUGAAAAUCCACACACAAACACAUCAAACGUAGCCAUUGUAAGAUGAUGGAUACCUGUUCACGUCACUAUAUCUCCACAUCAUAUGACAAUGUCAGCAUGGUCUUCUCAGAGUGUUUACCAGUUACUUAAGCAAUAAUUAAAGAACUUAUCCUCAAAUGUUUACCAUCCAGGCGCUUAUAAACACAAAUUCCCUUCAUCAUAUACAGUAUCUUUCAAAUCAAACAGGGUGCGACCAAAAAUGCAACCUUGCUGAUCAAACUCCAGCUCUUCAAAUGCUUCAGACAUUGAUUACAUUAUUUUGUCAAAUAUUUUGUUUACUAAAUAAAAUUGAUAUAGAAUUUUUUUCUUUUGCAAUUAAAGAGGAUGUAAUCUGA